UCGGACCGUGUGGAAACUCGCGGCAUACCUUGUUUGCGGGUAUCCAUGUUUCGGGACAGUGAUUGCGUAGGGGACUAAAGGUACCUGUUUAAAUACCGAUCGAGACGCUAGGGCGACCCCAUUUCGUUUAACGACCAGUUAAGUGCGGCGGAAAUCGGUUUUAUUGCCCGACCUGCUACGAGAUGGGCGAUCAACCGGUAAUAGCGACGAACGACGACGCGAGCGAGUGCAAGCGGGGCGCCGUGCAGUUGGGCUACUGGACCGACAAUUACAUAUCGUACUUCGUGAAGCACACGGAGAGGCGGGCCCCAGAAAUCAACAGGGGCUAUUUCGCGCGGAUCAAAAGCGUCGACUCGUUCGUCCAAAAGUUUAUCAGCAGAGCCGGGAGUACCGCGCAGAUAGUCAACUUCGGCGCGGGCUUCGACACCCUCUACUGGAGGCUGAAAGACGAGGGCGUCGUCAUCGCCAACUACACCGAGCUGGACUUUCCGACUGUCACCUCGAAGAAGUGUUACGUGAUCAAACGAAACAAACCGUUGCUCGACAGGAUCUACGAGCAGGACGGCGAGGUGUUUUUCAGCCCCGUCGACCUGCACUCGGGCAACUACCACUGUUUGGGGGUCGAUUUGCGUAACAUAGCGCAGUUGAAAGAUAAACUGAACCAGGCGCAGAUCAAAUUCGACAGGCCGACGUUGUUCAUUGCAGAGUGCGUCCUCGUUUACAUCGAGAGUGAGUGCGUGAACCGCCUCCUCGCGUGGAUCUCGUCCAGUUUCGAGAGCGGCUUCUUCGUCAAUUACGAGAUGUGCAACAUAAACGACACGUUCGGCGACAUCAUGCUGGGGAACUUGAAGGCGCGCGGGUGCAGCCUCGCUGGUAUCUCGCAGUGCAAGAAUCUCGACACCCAGAAGGGCAGGUUCGUCAACAACGGGUGGGCGGGCGCGAAAGCGUGGGACAUGGUACAGGUGUACCAUUCGAUCGAUGCCACCGAACGGCACCGCAUCGAGAAGAUCGAGUUUCUGGACGAGCGGGAGCUGCUCGUCCAGCUGUUCCAGCACUAUUGCAUCUGCGUGGGGUGGCUGGGCCAGGAUUUCGCCGAUUUCGACAUCGAUUGAGGCCCCCCGACGCCGAUUCGCUCGGUUACAAACGAGACUGUGAUACUGAGACUUGGACUCGGACGUGUUUCUCCCUUGUGAACGAUGUACCUUGCCCCCUUAAGUUUUAUUAUUAAAAAUACCCCUUAUACUCGCCUAGCGGUCUUAUUUGUCAUUUCAAAGUCAGCUGUCAAAUAACCCAACGCCACCCAAUAAAAUUGUCAGUUUAAGGCUCGCGCACUACUAGGACGGGACAUUUAACAUUCUCAAAAUUAAUCAUCUGGUUCAAACAUUUUAACGUUAAUCGUGCGGCUCCAUCUAUGGGACGCGCCGGAAACAGCGACUAUCGAGGAAGGCCGACAGGUCGCGCCGCCGGCGUCUGAUCUGAAUCGGUUGUUAUUGAAAAACAAUUUCACCCCGUAAUUAGCGUGUUAGCGUUUAUUUAACGUCUCGCUCGAUUUAAUUUACAAUGGCGGAAAAUUUCGACGUCGGCCUAUCGGUGGCCGGUUUCGAACGAGACUGUGAUCUCGAGAUGCGAACGACGUACCUUGCCCACUGUUUUUAUUAUUAAACUUAACUCACUUAAACCUACUCAAAGGACGAUUUGUUUAAAAAACUGGAAGUAUUGCAUGAUAAAACAAGUCUAAAAAAAUUGUAUUUUAAUUUUUUGAUUCUAUUCAGCACCUGAAACAUAGUGGUUUUAUUUAUUGAAUUGUUUGAAAGCCAGCUGUCAAAUCGUAACCAAAACCGACCUAAGCUUUAUCAGUGGCGAAAUUAGUUUUCGCCAUUAUAAUACAGAAUAAAAUUCUCAGUUCAACGCUCGCGUACUAUAAGGAGUUGUUCGAGACAUUUAAUAUUCUCAAAAUUAAUAACCUGAUAUAAACAAUAUGCAUUUUAAGUUACCCGUGCAGCUCCAUUUAUGGGUCGCGCCGGAAACAGCGACUUUCGAGGUUGCGGACAGAUGGCGAAGCCGGCGUUGGAUCUAAAUCCAUGGUUGUUAUUGAAUAACAAUUUUUCUCCACAAUUAGAUCAUUAGCGUUUAAUUAUCGACGUCUGUGAUACUGAGAUGCCAACCUUGCCCACCUAA